AUGUCGACGUCGUCGCUUGCGACAUCCGUCGUUUCUUCGUCCAGUCAACCUACUUCGUCUUCUGUCGCCUCUUCUCUUCCGCCAGUUAGCUCUACGCCUGCUCCAUCAGCAGGUGUCGGAGGAUCUGCAAUUGCAAUCUCUCUAGGAGGCGGACAGGCUGGUCUGCAAGGUUAUCAGCCUAAUUCUGCCGAAGCGCGUUCAGCACAUCUUUAUCUUUCCCAGAGAGCUGUAUGCCGUGAGGCUAGGAUUGAGCAAGAGCGCUUCUAUCUGGAUGUGAGUGCUGAAGAUUGA